AUGAAGCCAGUGCCAGUACGAAUCAUCUCACCUCUGAAAGCAUGCCGCGGCAGCCACUUGAAUGUCAUGGGCGCCGGACUCACAAGAUUAAUGGCGUCUCCUCCUCCUCCAGAGCUACCACUGCUAGAAUCACCACCCCCCUCACCCUCAACAACAACAACAGACCACCACAUUAACCACCCCUGCCUUGAUCUGUGUUUCAACGUCUACCAUCGGGACAACCCGGCCAAAGCAGAGGCCAACCACAGGUAUCUGAAGCAACUCCUCCCGGUUGCCUGGUCCCACAAUCCCUUAACCACCCUCAAGCUCAUCUGCAACCUCUUAGACAGGCGUUCAGGUUCAAUAACAGAUGCCGAAGCCUUCUACAAGGCGGCGUUUUGGCUCCACCACAACCACCCCAAGACCCUCGCCUCCAACCUCCUGCCUAUUGCCGCCUGGUUCGGAUAUGGUGGUGGUAUGAGAGACCUUGUGCGGAUUCUCCACCGGAUUCUUGCAGGCCAAGACGAGGUCGAUGACGAGAUGAUGUUCGCCAUGGCUGACAAGGUGGCUGUCGAGAGGUACGAGACUGACCCCGAUUAUCGCUUGUUACACGAACUCGUUUCGGAUAUUUUCGCCCACUGCCUCAACCGUGAUUUUCAACUUCUGAAGAAGGGGAUGCAAAUGGAUGAUAGUAUUAAUGUUGAUGAUCAUGAUAAUGAUAAGUCCUCUUCUAAUAAGUGCUUCGAGAUCACUAAUGCCGCCGAUUGGCUCGACCAUCGAGCCACUUUCCUGUUGGAGAGCGUUGCGAGGAAGGUUUUCCAGCAUCGACACCCACAAAGAGAUGUUAAGGAGGAGGAGGAGGAGGAGCAGGCUGGUUAUGCCUACAGACUCCGAGAGCGGCUGAUGAAGGAGGUUGUGGAGCCCUUGAGGAAGAUGACUGCCUCGGACUAUGACAUUGCACUUAAUAAACCUCCCGACUGCAACAGGUGGGGUUAUGAUUGCAAGUUUGAUGAAGACGACUGCGUGUCUCGGAUAUAUUUGGAGGAAUUGAAAGCUGCAGCUUCCAAGAUUGAGAACCCUGCGGCUCUGCUUCCACAUCAGAUCAUAUGCUAUGUGAAUGAUGAGGAUCUCGGGCAAGUGGCUGAGCUUCAGUGGAACGCAAUGCUGGGGGACAUGAUCAAGGGCACAGGCACAUGCAAAGUUAAGAAGAAGAAGAAGAAGAAGAAUUUGAAUAACAGCUUGGCUGUUUGUGAUGUCUGCCCCUCAAGAAUGAGUGGAUUUCCCAUUGAUGUAUCGGUGGGCUUGGGACUGUUAGUGUCUGAACUGAGUGAAGAGCAGGCAUGGAAAGGAAAGGUGAUCAACUUCAGCCGAAACCCCCGACUGCAUUGCAUACCACAAGGCGAUAGCCUCAAGGCCAAGUGCGACUUUUUGAGGAGGAUGGACUGCCCGGACCUGAAGGGAGAGGUUGAUAUUCAAAAGGUGUUUGAUUUGAUUCUACAAGUUGCUGUGCAUGGGAAUUUGAAGCCGGAACAAAUGAUCAACAAGGUAUUUGUGAUCACCACCUACUUACACUAUGACGAGGCUUGGGCACAUCCAUGGCAGAGUGAUUAUGAGGCAAUACAGAGCAAGUUCAAGGAAAAAGGGUACGGGGAUGUGGUACCACAGAUAGAGUUUUUGGAUGUGAUCGACUCCUCCUACUUCGAGAACCACAAGUUGGUCAAGUGGUUCUUGGACACUGAUGGGGAAAUCAUGGAAAGGGAUCCCGAACAAAUCAUGGAAGCAGAAAUCUCCCCCCUAGCCUAUCAAUCUCUGGUUGUAGUGGACUGA